CGGGAGGGGAGAAGGUGGUGGAACCGCUAGGCCGGGUCUUGCUGGGCCGAGCUAAGUGCGAGAACCUCCCGCGCAGGCACCCGAGCCUGAACCCGAUCCCGAACCCGAGCCUCGGUUCCGCCGCCAUGCGCUGGUUCCGCGCGCUGCUGAAGAAUGUGUCCCUGGCAGGGGCGCCCAAGUACAUCGAGCACUUCAGCAAGUUCUCCCCGUCCCCGCUGUCCAUGAAGCAGUUUCUGGACUUCGGCUCCAGUAAUGCCUGUGAGAAAACCUCAUUCACCUUCCUCAGGCAGGAGCUGCCCGUGCGCCUGGCCAACAUCAUGAAAGAGAUAAACCUGCUUCCUGACAGAGUGCUGAGCACACCUUCGGUGCAGCUGGUACAGAGCUGGUAUGUCCAGAGUCUCCUGGACAUCAUGGCGUUCCUGGACAAGGACCCAGAGGACCACCAUACCCUGAGCCAGUUCACCGAGGCCCUGGUCACCAUCCGGAACCGCCACAACGACGUGGUGCCCACGAUGGCGCAGGGCGUGCUCGAAUACAAGGAUGCCUAUGGCGAUGACCCCGUGUCCAACCAGAACAUCCAGUACUUCCUGGACCGCUUCUACCUCAGCCGCAUCUCCAUCCGCAUGCUCAUCAACCAGCACACCCUGAUCUUCGAUGGCAGCACCAACCCAGCCCACCCCAAACACAUCGGCAGCAUUGACCCCAACUGCAGUGUCUCUGAGGUCGUGAAAGAUGCGUAUGACAUGGCCAAGCUCCUGUGUGACAAGUAUUACAUGGCCUCACCUGACCUGGAGGUUCAGGAGAUCAAUGCAUCCAACGCCAAACAGCCAAUUCACAUGGUUUAUGUCCCCUCCCAUCUCUACCACAUGCUUUUUGAACUCUUCAAGAAUGCCAUGCGAGCGACUGUGGAAAGCCACGAAUCCAGCCUCGUUCUCCCACCUGUCAAGGUCAUGGUGGCCUUGGGCGAGGAAGAUCUGUCCAUCAAAAUGAGCGACCGAGGUGGGGGUGUCCCCUUGAGGAAGAUCGAACAACUCUUCAGCUAUAUGUACUCCACAGCACCCACCCCGCAGCCUGGCACCGGGGGAACCCCACUGGCUGGCUUCGGGUAUGGGCUCCCCAUUUCCCGCCUCUAUGCCAAGUAUUUCCAGGGGGACUUGCAGCUGUUCUCCAUGGAGGGCUUCGGGACCGACGCUGUCAUCUAUCUCAAGGCCCUGUCCACGGACUCGGUGGAGCGCCUGCCCGUCUACAACAAGUCAGCGUGGCGCCACUACCAGACCAUCCAGGAGGCCGGCGACUGGUGUGUACCCAGCACGGAGCCCAAGAACACGUCCACGUACCGUGUCAGUUAGGGGCCACCCCGCCCUUCUGCACCUGAGAGGACGGACUGAUUGCUGUCUCUGGGUUACCCUCUCCAUCCCCUGCCCCCCAGGUGGGGGAGAUGCUCCCUGAUGACAGCUUCUGUCUCUAUGGAAAUCACUGCGGUGACCAGUCUGUGGUGGCCCCUAAGUGCCAGUCCCUGUCCCUGGAGAUUCUUAGGUGGUCUCCUCAGUGUCCAGUCUCUGUGGGAGAUCCCUGAGGAUUGGGGGGUAUCUCCACCCUGCUGGGAUGUCCUAGAGGUGCAUGUCCAUGACAGUCCUCCUGAGACUAGAGCUGUCAUUUUUCUGUCCGGAGUCCUGGGUCCCCCUCACUGCCCUCCAAAGCCUGGCCUUCCAAACAGAUGCCCCUGCUUGCCUUAUUCCCUUAGUCUGCCCAGGCACCCGGUCCCGGUCCCGUGUCAGCAUUCGGGAAGGGUCAGUGCCCCCCAGAUCUGGGUGGUGGGUGGGGAAAGGAGUUGUGCCCUUGGACCUCCAGGUGGGGACCUGGUCUGGCAGCCUCACCCUCCCCUCUGAGCUUCAGGUCAAGGUUAGGAAGGAGGGAGUUCUUACCAGGACCUCACCCCUAAAGUUCACCCCUAAAGCAGAGGAAUCUGGGAGGACCCUGAGGCAUGCGCCCAGCCAGGCCGCUUGGAGCCCCGCAGGUGGUCCCCGCAGUGUUUCUGCUGCCCCCCAGGCCCUGCCCGCAUGUCCUGACAUGCACACACACGCCUGCCCUCCUCACAUCCACACCGUCCCCCCGAGUUCCAGACCCCCACUCCCACUGUGCCCAGACACGUGUGUGCUUGGGUGGCUUUCUCCCUAAAAUGCUCUGUGUACAUAGCUGUUUUUUUAGCCCUGAAUGUCCCCACCCUUCCCCUCAGCACUUGGGGGGUAAAGCUGUGUGCUCCUCCCAGUGGCUGUGGCAGCGACAGUGAAGAUUCGAUGGAAUGGGGCCUGGCUGCUUUCCCGGGGCAGAGAGAGCCACACGGACAAAUAAAAGACCAGC